ACGGAGGGGGCGUGCACGGGGACGAGCGUGCACGUAGGGGCGUGCUCGUGCGUGGAGGGAUUUAAAGCGAGGCUGCAGGGGAAGUUGAGGCUGUGAUGAUGAGGAGGAGGAGGAUGAGGAGGAUGAGGAUGGCUCCUCGGGUUCAGGUGAGCCCGGGGCUCCACACUAAGUGCUAACCAUGCUGGGCCAGUCCGAGCCGACUUCCAGCACCCUGCAGCUGGUGGCCAAUGACAUGACAGGCAUCAUGGAGAAGCUGGACACCCGAGAGCUCGACCUCGGGGAUGGAGAGUAUGACACGACUGACACCACAGCUCCAGAGGAGCGUUUACCUUUUAGUGCGAUUUAUCACAUGGUGGGUUUCAAGGAGAGCGAGGCCAAAGUCUUCCUGUCCUCUCCGAUCACUGCCAAAAUCCUGGAGGUGGAACGAUUCACCUCGGCUCAGGACCGAUUCAACGUCACCACCCAGAGGAGCGUCAACAAGUCGAUGCCUGCUGUGUAUAAAAUCGAGAUGAAGCAUGGGGAGUUUACGUGGCUGGUGAAAAGGAAGGAGAAGCACUUCAUGGAGCUUCAUCGAGAGCUGAGGACCUACAAGACCUUCAUGAGGCUGCCGCUGCCGUCGCGCAACCACACGGUGAAGAGGCAGACGGUAACCAGGAAUGAGGUGAGACAGAUGCCGAACCUCCCCAGAGGAGGAGGAGAUGAGCUGGGCAGAGAGGAGCAGGUUUCCAGCCGAAGAAGACAACUAGAAGAUUAUUUGAAUAAUCUGCUAAAGAUGCCGAUGUACCGGAACUACCACGCUACGAUGGAGUUCAUUGAUGCAAGUCAGUUGUCCUUCAUCCAUGACCUGGGACCAAAAGGCUUAGAAGGAAUGGUGCUGAAGCGAUCCGGUGGCCAUCGGAUCCCCGGGUUGAACUGCUGUGGUCGCAGCAAAAUGUGCUACCGCUGGUCCAAACGCUGGCUGGUGGUGAAGGACUCAUUCCUGCUGUACAUGAAGCCUGACUCCGGUGCCAUCUCCUUUGUGAUGCUGUUCGACAAAGAGUUCAGCAUCAAGAUGGACUCCAAAGACACGGAAACCAAACACGGCGUCCGCGUCGACAGCCUCAACAGGUCACUGGUGUUGAAGUGCAGCAGCUACAGACAUGCCCGCUGGUGGGGUCAAGCCAUCGAAGACUUCGUCCAGAAGCACGGCUCGGCUUUCCUUAAAGACCACCGCUUCGGAUCCUUCGCCAGGGAGGAAGUGAACAUCCCCGCCAAAUGGUACGUGAACGGAAAAACAUACAUGGAGGACGUAGCCGACGCUCUGGAGGAAGCCAAGGAGGAAAUCUUCAUCACAGACUGGUGGUUGAGUCCAGAGAUUUUCCUGAAGAGGCCGGUGGUCGAAGGAAACCGAUGGCGUCUCGACUGCAUCCUCAAACGCAAAGCGCAACAAGGAGUGCGUAUCUUCGUGAUGCUGUACAAGGAGGUGGAGUUAGCCCUGGGCAUCAACUCCGGAUACAGCAAGAGGACGCUGCUGCACCUUCACCCCAACAUCAAGGUGAUGCGUCACCCAGAUCACGUCUCCUCCGCCGUUUAUUUGUGGGCUCAUCACGAGAAGAUCAUCGUCAUUGACCAAUCGGUGGCCUUCGUGGGCGGGAUCGACCUGGCGUACGGACGCUGGGACGACCGCGAACACCGGCUGACGGAUGUUGGGAGUGUGACGCUUUCUCACCUGGAGCAGGCUGCAGCUGCUUCCUCCAGUUUGGCCACCCCGGCUAAUGGCAGCAGGGCCACCUCCCAGAGCAACGGGAAGGGCAUCUUCACGGUGACAGACUCGGCGGACCAGCCCAAGCUGAAGGGUCAGGGGAGGUUGAAGAGGACCAGGUUCAGCAUCAGGAGACACCUGCAGAAACAUGGACUGGCCCACGCCGACAGCGACAGCGACCUGGAGGAGGACGAGAGGAGUGGCUCCGUGAGAAGUCUUAACACCGGAGUCGGAGAGUUGUUUGGAAACACUCGCUUCUGGCACGGGAAGGAUUACUGCAACUUCGUCCACAAGGACUGGAUCCAGCUGGACAAACCCUUCGAUGAUUUCAUAGACCGGCAUACGACUCCCAGAAUGCCUUGGCACGACAUCGCCUCAGUGGUUCACGGGAAAGCAGCUCGAGAUGUGGCGAGACACUUCAUCCAGCGGUGGAACUUCACCAAGCUGGUGAAGCCAAAGUACCGCUCGCUGUCGUUUCCAUACCUGCUGCCCAAAUCCCACACCAGCGCUGGAGAGCAGCGAUACCAAGUCCCAGACUGCAUCCCCACCAAGGUCCAGAUCCUCCGUUCGGCCUCUGAUUGGUCCGCUGGCAUCAAAUACCACGAGGAGUCCAUCCACAACGCCUACGUCCACACCAUCCAGAACAGCCAGCACUUCAUCUACAUAGAGAAUCAGUUCUUCAUCAGCUGUGCCGACAACAGAUAUGUUUUCAACAAGAUCGGAGACACGAUUGCGGAGCGCAUCAUCAAAGCAUACAGGGAGGGUAAGAAGUACCGGGUUUACGUGGUGACGCCGCUGCUGCCGGGCUUUGAAGGCGACAUCAACACCGGAGGAGGCAGCGCCAUCCAGGCCGUGAUGCACUUCAACUACAGGACCAUGAACCGAGGAGACCACUCCAUCAUCUCCCAGCUCAAGAGAGAAAUGGGCGACCAGUGGAUGAACUACAUCUCCAUCGCCGGUCUGAGGACUCACGCCGAGCUGGAGGGGAAGCUGGUCAGCGAGCUCAUCUACGUCCACAGCAAGAUGCUCAUCGCCGACGACAACACCGUCAUCAUCGGUUCAGCUAACAUCAACGACCGCAGCAUGCUGGGGAAACGAGACAGCGAGGUGGCCGUGAUCGUGGAGGACUCGGAGACGGUCGCCUCGGUGAUGGACGGGCAGCUUUACCAGGCAGGAAGAUACGCCCUGCAGCUCCGCCUCGAGUGCUUCAAGAUGAUCCUCGGCGCUAACACUGAUCCCUCCAUCGAUGUUUCCGAUCCCAUCAGCGAUCAGUUCUACAAGGAGGUCUGGAUGGCCACCUGCGCUCGCAACGCCACCAUCUACCAGAAGGUUUUCCGCUGUCUGCCGUCCAGCGACGUCCGGAACAUCCUGGAGCUGGAGGGCUACCUGGCCAAGCCGGGCCUGGACAAAGACAACCCAGCUCGGGCUCACGAGGAGCUGAAGAAGAUCCGGGGCUUCCUGGUCCAGUUUCCUCUGCAGUUCCUGAGCGAGCAGAACCUGCUGCCCCCCAUCGGCUCCAAGGAGGCCAUGGUGCCGAUGGAGGUCUGGACCUGAGGAGGACGGGAACACUCGGGUGGAUGAAUCUGAUGCCGUUCUGGAGGUCCGAGCUGCUGGACACAACUUCACGGUUAACGUUAGCGUCGUAUUCCUAUCUUAAAACAAUCAAUCAACAAUCAAUCAUACGAAAAUGUUCAAAAUGCCCCAAAGUGUUUCUAAAAUUACUUGAAACCUUUCCAAAAUUACCCAAACAUUGUUUGUUAAAUGAGUCAACAUUCACUAAAAUGGCUAAAAAAAAAAGUCUAGAAUCAACUGAAAAUUGCCCAAAAGGACUUGAAAAUGAUCCAACAUACCUCAAACUGAUACAAAGUGAUUUUAAAACCAACUUAGAGCAUCAGUAUUAUGGGAUGUAUCAUAGUUUAAACAGUAAAACUGCAGCAUUUUAAUGACAUAGAGUCAUAGAAACAAUCACUGGAUGUGUUUCUGUUUCCAAAAUGACUAAACUGUUCUUCAUAAUGAGUCAAAAAUUGUCCAAAAUACCUCAAAUUUAACCAAAAAAAUGACAAAAUCUUCCCCAUUUUUGUCACAAUCUGUCUGAAAUGACUACAAAAUUGUUUAAAAUACCUAAACCCUGUCCAAAAUGUCUCAAAGUUUCUAAAAUUAUUGGAAACUUUUCCAAAAUUACCCAAAUAUUGUCCAAAAACCUGUUAAACGAGUCAAAAUUCACUCAAACGAUGCAAGAAAUGGCUAAAAUUAUGAAAUCUCUUCAUAAUCAGCCAAAAAAAAUUCCAAAAUACCUCAAAUUUAACCAAUAAAAUGACAAAAUCUUGUCCAUAUUUAACUCAAUUUGUCCAAAAUGACUACAAACAUGACUACAGAGUCUCUUUUAAAGACUAGAAAUCUACUAUAGUUCUGUUUGCAGAUUUACCUCCAGAAGGGCGUCAGCUGGGACUUUCACACACGAGAGGAUUAAAAACUGGCUUAAAUUUACAAAAGCAACAAACAUGGAGACGCCUUCCCUUCUCUAAACACAGUGCUGAACUCCACGGUGCAUGAAAAUCUGGGUGCCGCAUUUACAAAAAGAAGAAGGAAGUAAAUAGAAGUGAAGCCAUCGAGAUCCUCCGGCCUCCAACAACACUAUGCAACGACCGAGGCCGGCGAACGCAGCUCCUCUGGACAGAAAAGACACUAAACGAAUGGAAGCAGAGGCGAGGACGAAGAGCAGCAUCGAUUCUUUUCUUUCUUUUUUAAAUCCCUCUCACACCUCUGCUGUUAAUAUUUAUGUCAACCAGGAAAUCCCAAGUGCCAAAGAAGACAUUCCUCAUACUGUGGAUUCUACAUUAAAGCCUCAAGUGACCUGUUUUUCUACUCUGACGGGGUUUUUGUGGUCCUCAGUGGGGCUUCGUCUCACCAUUUCCUCUAAUUUCCUGGAAAAAAAAACAGCUAGAACUAGCAGAUUUGCCUUUAGAUGAAUUUUAAAAGUACAAAAGUGUUGUUUUCUCCAGGAAACUAUGAGGAAAUUCAUGUGAAGCUCUUUUUUUUUGGACUACAUAACUGUCAGAUUCAUGCAUGAUGUGUUUAUUGAAAUGCUGCGUUUAAUUUAAUGUCAGAAAAUGGCUAAAAGAUAGUAUUAGUGUAAAAGCUGCAUGGGGGGAUUUGUUUGGCCUCUAGGAGGCAGCAGAACAAGCAGAAAACACAACAUUUUUGUUCCGUUUUUGGUUGCCACCAUCUCCAGAGCAAAAGAAAUGGCUUUUCAGCUGCUGUAACCAGCUAGUUGCUAUGUUUAGGUCAGCUGGUUUACGAGAGAUUGCGUCUGCAAAACUUGUUUUUGACCUCUAGGGGGCAGCAGAACAAGCAGAAAACACAAUAUCUCCCAUCUUUUUGCUGUUUUUGUUCUCCACCAUCUCCAGAGCAAAAUAUUUGGCUCUUCAGCUGCUAUGUGUUACGCUAGUUUUACCAGCUAGUUGCUAACUUUACAUCUGUUGGUUUAUUUGCUGUUAUUUGUGUUUUUUCCAGACAAAGACAGCUAUUUUCCAAGGGAAAACCUUAAAAACACACAGAGACACAGUACUUUUUAGCAGUAUUUAUCUCUUAAACAGCCAGAUAUUUUCUCUAGGAGGUGGUGGAGACCAAAAAUGGAGCUAAAAGAGAGUAAAUAUUGGAUUAAAGUCAUCGAUUAUCACAAAAACUCGACUAAACUGUGUAGAUAGUGUUGCUUUGUGUCUGCUUAAUGUGUCAAUAUGCAACUCUAUGCUUUAUUUUGAAAAUAAUAUGAUAAUUUUGAGUUUACACCUUGUUUCUGCUGCUAAAAAAUGAAAUAUUAUAGCAGGUUUAGGUUAUUUACAGUAAGAGACAUACCAUAGCGUCCCUAAAUCCAACAUCUGCUCUCUCUUAGCUCCAUUUUUGGUCUAUUCCACCAGAUCCUAACAACAAUAUCCAACUCUUUAACUGCAAAUCAUUGAUGUUAAAGAUGCUAAAAAGCCGUAUAGAGGUGACAAAAUGCACAGUAGUAAUCCAUUCAUUUAAUUUAAGUUAAUUAGAUCCUCUAGCAGCUCAUAGCUUAGCCACCCAGACUUCAACUUCGUCAUUUUGAUUCUUGCUUACUGACUUAUUUGCUUUUUUUUCCCCAGAGAAAGGCAGCUAUUUUCCAAGAAAAAAACACAUAAUUCACCUCCUGCUCAGCAGCAACCAGCAGAAAGACAGUUUUUAGUAGCAUUUAGCUCCUAAAAAGCCAAAUACUUUCUUUCGGAGGUGGUGGAGACCAAAAAUGGAGCUAAAAGAGAGUAAAUAUUGGAUUAAAGUCAUCGGUUAUCGCAAAAGCUCAGUUUAACUGGGUGGACAGUGUUGUUUUGUGUCUGAUUAAUGUGUAAAUACUCAACUCACUGCUUUAUUUUGAAAAUAAUAUGAGAAUUUUGAAUUUGUGGCUUGUGUCUGCUGCCAGAAAAUGAAAUAUUACAGAAAAAGUUAGGAGCAUUUCACUUCAUUGUCUUUAUUUUGCUCUUGGGAAAGCAAAUAUUUCGUCUGAUUUUCUGACAUUUCUGAAGCGCAGCAUCGAUAUUCGUCGGUGUCUUCCUCGUUGGUCUGUUUAUUAUCUGCAUGGCGCCGUUUUGUGCUGUAAACGGUACCUGAAAAUACUUAAAAUCGACUAAACGGACUGCAGCUUGCUGCCAUUUCCAGAGAAAAGCAUGAACCCUGUUUCCUCCAAAGCCAUUACUGAUGUAAACGGUGUGCCUGUCUGCCACAUGAACCUGAAACUUACUGUUAAUAUUUAUAGAAAAUGGAACCUUAAUGUGCUUUUUUUCCUCUUUAUUCAUCCUCUCUACCUCCCAGUGUUUCUACCUCCUGCUCCGGAGCUUCUCAGCCAUCAUUUUCUUGCAGCUUUUCUCAAAAUUAAUGGAAAAAAGCAGCGCAGAAGCAUUAAAAAACUACUUUUCUGCACGAUAUCAGACUGUUUAGAUGUUAGAAUGAUGAAAAGCUGAAUUGAAAUGAACCAGAAAUGUGGAUUCGGUUCAGAUGUUUCCUCGUUUUCUUCCAAUCUGGGUUGAAAACGCUGAUCUUUCUGUCCUGUCUCCUCCCUGUUGGAAAUGAAAAUGCACUAUUUUGCACAGACUUGUUUAUCUUGACCUUAAAAAUCGAUCUGCAGUACGUGUCAUGUUGCUUUUGUGAAACGAUGGAUUAAAUAAAUGACGUAUUAACAAGUUA